CAAUGGGAGGGAACGGUAGUUUUAUACUGAAAUUUCGUUCCUCUCCGCUCUUCUCCUACUAAUCGUCUUCUUCCGGCCACCAUUACGAGCCACUUCAGGCCGCCGUAGCUGAGCACUUCUACCGCACCGUAGAUCUCAUCUAAACCACCUUACCGUUCAUUCUCUUCGUUUGCCAACGAUCUCAGGCAUGGAUGAGUCUCAGAUCAAGGAGGUUCUGGAGAAGCAGGUGCUUAGUGUGGUGCAGGCGGUGGAGGAUAAGAUUGAUGAGGAGAUCGCGGCGCUGGAUCGGCUAGACCUAGACGAUCUCGAGGCUUUGCGGGAGCGAAGGCUUCAGCAAAUGAAGAAAAUUGCGGAGAAACGGAGUGGGUGGAUGUCGCUCGGUCAUGGAGAGUACAGCGAGAUCUCCGAAAAGGACUUCUUCGCCGCCGUCAAGGCCAGCGAACGGGUUGUAUGCCAUUUUUAUCGAGGGAAUUGGCCCUGUAAGGUUAUGGACAAACACUUAAAUAUUCUUGCACAGCAACAUCUGGAGACUCGUUUUCUUAAGGUUCAUGCAGAAAAAAGUCCAUUUCUGACUGAGAGGCUUAGGAUUGUUGUGCUUCCAACCCUUGCUCUUGUAAAGAAUGCCAAAGUUGAUGAUUACGUGGUAGGUUUUGAUGAGCUUGGAGGAAGUGAUGAAUUCAGCACGGAGGAGCUGGAGGAGAGGCUUGCCAAGGCUAAACUGAUAUUUUCGGACGGCGAAACAUCUACAAGCCAUAAGAGGCCCCUUGCAGCAAAGAGAAACGUUAGACAAUCAGAAAGUUCCAAUUUAUCUGAUUCUGAUUAGCUGUUAGUUUCAGCUGCUGCUGGUUAUCAGUGAGAGUACUUUUGACUCAGCAUUAAUUCUCCUUUUACGUGUAUUAUGAAUUGUUGAGCAUUCCACAGCUUUUCUAGUUUGCAUUCCUUCAUGGCUUGGAUGCUUGAAUUUAUUUCUAAAGGUAGUUCAUGAAUUUUUUCCUA